CUUGGAUGACUUCGAAUAUGUCUUUCUUCCUAAGUACAUAAAAGUUGAUUAUUCAUCUCAACACAUGGUUCCGCUAUGACAAGGACAACAUACGUCAUUUGCGUCAUUUACGUCUUCGGUCUGCUUGGAGUAAUAACUCAUCAUGGAGUUGGUCAAGGCAUUGGAGAUGUGGUUCUUAUAAGAUAUCAAUCGGCCAAUGACUCGAUGAGCGAACUGAGUGUCUCCAAACUAUAUCGACAACUCAAGCGUGGUUCAAAACGUACAGAACAAUGUUUGAAAGAAAACAUAUUACUGAAGGAUAGAGUGGAAUUGUUGGAAUCCAAAAAAGCAUUUGACCGAGUUUUGAAUUUUUCCAAAGAUUUAUCUCAAGGAUUCCCAUUUCGCUCUGCGAAUAAGUAUAUACAAAAGAUUAUGACAUUAAAUAUGGAACAUUCAUCUAUAACGAACAGGGAAGAUAAGAAGAAUAUUGUCGCAUUAAUCGUCGCUAUACAGAGGGGCUUUAUAAAGAACACGAUACGACAACAGCUUGAUAAAUUGGCAGCACUUAAAACGAUAUUGCAUAAAUACAACAAUGAUAUGCUCGCUCAACGGUAUGCUCUAAUUACAGAGACCUUAAGAGACAAAUAUGUAUACGUGGAAAAAAUUCUCAGCAAUGUUCAAGUGCCAGAUGGUAAACUAUCUUGGAAAAUGUGGAGUGCCUGGAGCAGAUGUCCCGGUAUCAUGGCAGGCUGCUCAUCAAGGGAACGUCGUAAAAUGUGCAUGGAUGAUAGCGCAAUCGUGCAGCCCAACGACAAAUGUUUCGGAAAACAGCCUGUUAAAGUGCGAAAAUGUAAAUGUGUAGAGAAUUACAACAGCCAGGGCAGUGCCGAUUCUAAUGUUACGCCUUACGCUUGUAUGGCCUCUAUUUCAAAAAGCGUUCGCUAUUUCCAUGGUGACAAUGACGGCCAUUUUUGCAGCGGUGUUAUACUUUCUGAUAUGUGGAUAUUAACAGCAGCACAUUGUGCUUGUUACCAUGGUUAUUGUUGUUCCGCUGACCUAGAUUUUUUAUACUCGAAAUGUGACCUUGAACACUGGACUGUGACCACUGGCUUACUUAAACCAUAUAAAGGCAAGAAGAAAGAAAACCAAAUAAGGAAAAUUGCUGAUGUUAUAAUCCAUAAGAAUUACGUCAAAGAUUCCUCCGGACUUCCGCUGAGAAAUGACAUAGCCUUAUUUAAGCUUGACGCUCCAUUGGACUUCAAAAAGCCGAAUGUUCGUCCAUGCAAACUUCCAAUUGAAAUAUGCAGGGAUUCUAUAGAAAGGAAUUGUGUUAGGCAUAGUGAAUUGCACCGAUGGCAUUGCGAAAUAGCAGGCUGGGGGCGAUAUUCCGCGUCAUCGUCCGUACCUUCUGUGUUGAGAGCUCUAGACGUCGUUUCAAUCGAUGAGUAUGGAAAAAGCCUCGCCAUUAACCAGAAUGUUGCCUUCACUGAAACGAAUAACGGUGCUGGGAGGUCAUGCCAAGGUGACAGUGGAGGGCCCCUUGUAUGUAAAGAGAAAAAAACAGAUACAGCAAUUGUGAUAGGAAUAAUGAGCUGGGUCGAUUUAAGUGACUGCGAAAGUACUAGCAAAGGGACCACUGGACACACUAGCGUUUCACAUAUGUUAACAUGGAUCUCGGAUAAAAUAAUUGAAUGGGGUGAAUGGAGCCAGACAUGUCGCUCACCGGGGGAUACAAGAAUGCGUUUAAAGACCUGUCUAUUUCGAACUUCCCAAAGUGCAAUAGAGGAUUGCCCCCGUCAAGAAAUAGACAAAUGUCCUGGACUGCAAGCAAAGGAUGCAGAAAUUAGAGUCCAGUUGAUUCAGAGGGAUGUAGAAUCAAUGGUUGAUUUUAAAGAUAAAACAGAGUUUACAGAGUUCGGUAUGUUACGAGUUAAGAAGCAAAGAAAAUUUAAGUAUCUGUGUGAUAAACAAUGGGAUGACAGGGCAUCGCGAGUCGUUUGCCGGCAGUUGGGCUUCAACCCCGAUGAUGCAGUUACAAUCAAAUCUGGACUUGCAACUUAUGGAGAAGGAGGGAUUCAUACAAAGCAUUUGAUGGAUAUGAACGGUAUAAUUAUAUCAAGCAGAAUACAAUGUAUUGGCAAUGAAACGAAUCUCUCACAAUGCAGUAUAGAACUAUGGAAUCAUACCAAACGGGGUUGUCUUCCUAACAAUUUUGUAACUAUAUCAUGUACGAAAAGUGGUAUUAAAACUCGACUUUCCGAUGGGAAUUCAUUCUCUGGAAGACCUGAAGUUUUUCACGAAGGUGAAUGGGCAAAUCUUUGCACGGAAGUAACUCGAAAGGACGCACUUGACAGAUUUGCCGAUUUGGUAUGUGAAAACAGUGGCUUGGGAAGACAUGCAUUUACAGUUCCUUACGAUCAAUUCGGGAAGGGAAGCGCAACAAAAUCUUUCGGAUUGGAUUGCCCAGAUGAUUGGUUGUAUUCAACAUUACAACUGUGUGAAAAGCAAGAAGAGGAAAUAUGUCGCCAUGUUAGUGUGUUCUGCUUUGAGAAAGAACCAAAAAUCCAUGACUUUGUGAAAUGUCUUUCUUUGGGAGGUACCAUUUGGGGACAUGGAAUUGUAAGAUUCUGUGAUGAGCCCGAGGAAGAUAAAAAAGACAAAUGGGCAAGCCCUACAUAUUUUUACGCAUUUAUCGAUUUCUCGACUGUAUGUGGAAAUGACUUUGGAAUCGAAGAAGCCAAAGUGGUAUGCAGGCAAGCAGGCUUCGAUCCAGCCGAUGCCGCAUUGAAUAUAUUUGGUUUAUAUGAUACGUGUAUCUGGGGCGGCAAUGAUAUCAAAAUAAGUGAUGUGAAAUGUAAAGGAAACGAACACAAUCUGGCGGAAUGUACUUUCAACUAUGGUGAAACUGUGACAUGCCCUGGUAACAAGAGAGCGAGUUUGUUUUGUACACCAAUCCCUGUGCAGAUAGAUAGUGAAGGACGUCUGGACAUGACGGUGAAUACAGACACGCGUAAAAUAUGUGCAACAAACUGGGGAUACGAAGAGGCUAGAGUUGUAUGUAAACAACUUGGAAAGGAAUACAAAAACGCUAUAGGAUAUGCACUACCAGGUAAUGCCGAAAAUGCAUGGAUAACACAAGUUGAAUGUAACGGAGAUGAAAGACAUUUGGGGCAGUGUCAAUAUAAAGUUGAUUUCUCUGUUAGUCUGAAAAAUCACAAUAUUUACUGUGUCGACUGGAAAAAAUUUGAUGAUGAGAGGCAUGGUCUUCUUUCUCCACGUAAUUAUCUUCAUUAUGGGUUCAACAACUGCACUGGCGAUGGAUAUGCUGCAGUCAAAUGUCAAUAA